CUCCAUUAGACUCCUACGUUCAGCAUCCGCGCUGUGCCAUACGUUAGCGUGCCUGCCAUCUCUUUCCACUCCUCCAUCCCUCCAUCCCUCCACCUCUGCGCCGAGGAUGCAGAGAGACAACGCACAGCGGCCGUGCGGAGCAGCCCCGGAGCUCUCUCCGCCCGACAGCCUCGUUGUAGCUUAACAGGAGGCUAUGAGCGAGACAGGAAGCAGCUAAAAGCACUGAGAGCAUGAGCGGAUGGAUGUGUCAUGAGCCCAGUGGAAUGCACUAAAAGCAGGUUGAGAAUAACAGCCCCUGAUGUCUGUGGAAGUGCAGCGAUUCUUUCCCACUUAUGAAAGAUGCCAGUAUGUCUUCUUGGCUAGUGUUUGCGAAGAGUCCCACAAGUGAAAUGGUGCUGAAAUGGAUGUGACAGCCAUUAGAGCAUAGAGACCCAGAAUCUUAAUGAAACAUGAGCAUGAGCGACAAGCUUGUUGAACCUGUUGGAUCUACCUUUCAGGAAAGCCAUGGGGAGCUUAGAAAUAACAACCGGUGCGCUGAGGAUUCCUUGGAUGGAGAUACCAAUGCCAAUCAGAUCCAAAGCAAAGACAGUAGAACCAUGGAGGAGUCGUCUUUUGUAUCUCACAGUGAGGAACAGGACAAAAUCAUCAUCUGGGGCACAGACUCUCAGUAUGAUGACCCAGAACUGGCAGAGUUUGAGAUGUUGGAAUGCCAAGAACUGGAGGCAUACCUUGUGGAAUCAGAGGAUAAUUAUGUUAAACAUGCAGAAGGAAUUCCAGGGAAGCUUUACACCAACAUCACUCCAACUGAGGACCCACAAAGCCCUAGUAAGAAUGAGGCCUCCCAAGCUGACACAAAGGAGCAAGAAAAUGUUUCCUAUAAGUUAAUCGGCAAAGAAACUGAGAUAUGCCUCGCUAGAGCUGAGGUCACCUCUGAUAAUGAAGUGUUUGUAUCUUGUCACUCCACAAUGUCCAGUCUUGGAGGAAGUUUUGCAAGUGCCCUAGAAAAUGCAGGUCAGACCCAAACAGCAGAGUCUUGGCCUGCACAAACAGGACCUUACAGAACUCUCUCUGAGGACCUCACCAUUGCCUCACAGUCAUUUUUGACUCUCUCAGAUAAGAGCAGGAGUUCUCUACAUGUUGAGGGAACUCACGUUGAUCUCAAUCUUAACACUACCACCUUACCUGAGGAACCUCUUUUAGAAGCACAAGACAAACAGCCAGCAGAAAAUGUUUUAACAUACAAAGAAACCUCAGGUUUGCUGGAAAAUGGCAUAAAUGAAUGUAACCCAAGCAUUACAAAUGCUAAAAAUGAGCACAAUGACACGGGGCAUGCCAGUGAGGACAGUGUUGGGCACCAAGAAGAUCCUGUUGAGGAAGAACAGACUAUAAUUAGGAAAGAAUGCAAACAUCCAGAUGCAAAAAACAUUGCAGUGCAGCAAAAAUCUUGCCAACCAUUCGGGCCAGAGGACAACCAUUCUCUUUCCCUGACCAAGAAUACGCAUGAUUCCUGUCAUGAACUAAAAAGUAAACCAUCCCAAAGUGAGGAAAACUUUGACAUGAAUCAUAAAUCAUCUAAACCAGGCUCAAAGGGAACACCUAAUCAGUGUGCAGUAGCUGAACCCAAACUGUACCAGAAGCAGGCAUCCUUUGAAACAUCUCGCAGUUCUAGCCCAUCCAGCCUAGAAAGGCGAAAGCCGUGGUGCAGUCCAUCUAGUCCUGCUACUCCUCCAUCUCCCAAAAAUACUGGAUCCCCAAGAAGACGGCUACUGUCUUCACCAGCCAAGACAGUCAGUGCAAGAGCUUCAAGCCAGGAGCCUACUGGCUCUCCACAAAGGGGUACCAGUGGCCUGAAGCCACCAAGCAAAAGUUAUCUUAAUACUGGCAUCCCAAAACCCGUUCCCUCUCAACCACUAGCUAAAACAGAAUCUCCUCAGACGUCUUCCUCUCCUCAAAAGCCUAAAAACGUCCGUCCAAAAAUCAUCACCUAUGUCCGUAAGAGCCCUCAGGCAAAGCCACAUUCUGUGGAGGGUCCAUAUGAAACAUCUACUCUGCCCUCAAGGCUCACAGCAUACACUAGCUCACAAGCCACUAAAGAGCAGAAGGUUGGGGGGCCCAAAGGCUCACCGGUGCUCAGUUCCUCCAAUAUCUUGUAUGAUAAAUAUCGUCAAGAGUUGCAGAAAGGAGGAAAUUAUUCCCCGCCUGGCCUGAUGGUGUCUGGAAUCAGACCUCCCAGUCACACUGUGCCUCACAAACUAGUGGGAAAGUCGGAAAGUUUUCAUGGAGAACUUCCAGACAGAUAUAUGCACGACGUGGGCAGGGGUGUCCAGCACAGUGCACAUGAAGUAGCAGGUGUGUACCGUUCACCCAGGGCCCUCAGACCUCAGCUGGGCCUUGGAGCUGUAACUAGGCAACCUACAACCAAGACUAGGAUGAUCAUACCUGGCCAAAGAUCAGCUUCACCUCUUAGCCAUGCUGCUCCUGCUGGCCAACUCACCUACUGCUACCCAGAUCCCACAGCAGGGGAUGUGAAGAAGCCUCUAUUAGAAGUAGCUCCCAAGUCUCUGCUUCCUAAACCGGGUCAGUCUGGCCUGCGCCCUCCUGGCUUCUCCCACCUGCCUGCUGCCCGCCUCGCUGCCUUUGGCUUUGUCCGCAGUGCCAGUGUGUCCUCCGUGUCCAGCAAUCAAUCUAAUGACAGCACUCACAGUGACCCUUGCCAACCCACCAAUCGUCCAGGCAGUGGAAGUGAGGAGACCAUCCUGCCUCGUUCUUACUCUCCCAGUCAUAGUGGAAGCAGUAGACUGCCCAACUGCAGCAGUCCUCAGCCCCUCAGUGGCCACACUCCUACCCGCCGCUCUCUGCUGCCCCCUCCCCAUGGCUCCCCUGUGGCUGCUAGAAAGGAGUUUCAGAGAGAUGGAGAAGCUACUCAUCCUCUGUCCUCCCCAAAGAGAUUUGCAGUGGUCUCACCCAAGCCUCAGUCCCCUGUGCGUCAGAAGUCGUGUGUGGGGCGUCUGGGCGGCCGAGUGGAUGGCGUGGAUGCUGAGCGGGAGCGGCUGCUGGUGCAGGGUUUGAGAGAACGCUGUGAGGAACAGGCCCGGCAGAUCACCUCCCUCCAGGACAAACUCCGCAAAGCCUCGCUUUGUAUGGAUGUACUUGCCAUCACCACACAGCAGUUCUGCCACAAGAGUGAGAAUGCCGAGGUGAAGGAGAGGGAGCUGUCCCUGGAGCUUUCUCGGAUCAGGGAUGAAGUGGUGGUCAGUGUGGGCCGGUGGGAGCGUCUGCAGGGGGAGAAGGCUGAACUGGAGCGCAGUUUUGAGCAGGAGCUGAGGAAGCUGAAGGAGGAGCAGCAGAAGGAGCAGCAGGCUCUGCAGGAGCGACUGAGAGAGGAGCAGAGGAAGGAGACAGAGCUUCUGCAGAAACAGCAGAGCAGCCAGCUACAGCAGCUCCGCUCCCAGCACCAUCAUCAGGUGGAAGAGAUGAGUGAGAGCCAUGAGGCGGCCAUGCUGGAGAUGGAGGCAGCCCACAAUGCCACUCUGGCCACUCUUCAGGAGGAGCAUGCCAGGACAAUCAAGAAUCUAAAGAUGGCUCACGAACAGCAGAAGAAAUCCUUGGAGGAAGAAUUUGAAAAGCUCAGAUUGUCGCUGCAGGAUCAGGUGGACACACUGACGUUUCAAAACCGCAGCCUGAGAGACAGAGCAAAGCGCUUUGAGGAAGCAUUACGCAGGAGCACUGAUGAACAGAUUGUGGAUGCUUUGGCUCCAUAUCAGCACAUAGAGGAGGAUCUAAAGAGCCUGAAACAGGUUCUGGAGAUGAAGAACCAGCAGAUCCACCAACAGGAACUCAAGAUAUCCGAGCUAGAGAAACUGGCUCAGAAGAAUGUGCUGCUGGAGGAGCGUGUUCAGGUUCUACAGCAGCAAAAUGAGGACCUAAAGGCGAGGAUAGACCUCAACCUUGCCGCUUCCAGGCAACUGUCUGAGGAGAACGCUAACCUGCAGGAGUACGUGGAGAAGGAGAGUAAUGAGAAGAAGCGACUGAGUCGCACCAAUGAGGAGCUGCUGUGGCGUCUGCAAACGGGCGAGUUGAGCCCACGAAUGUCCCCCAACCAGUCACCCCUCCACCGGCCCUCUCCAGGCCCAGCCUCACCCUCGCACCCACCCUUACCCAGAUAAGCCUCUCACUCUUUCUCUCUCUCUCUUUCUCUCUCUCUUACUCUAUUUACCUCCAUCUAUACCCCCUUUCCUGGUGUAGGUACAAACAGACAUCAUCAUAGACUGUAUCAGUUUGAGCUGAGCUGGGUGUAUGUAUGUACUGUACACUGGUGCUGAUAUUCCAGGAUUUCUGUGGUUCAGGAAGAGUAUGUCUAACACACAAGUUACAAUUUACAGAAACACAUAAGCCAUUUGUAAAUCUGUGUCUUAUAAAUUUAAAUUCCAGUCUAACACAAAUCUUUGCAUUUAACAGAAAAAUAUGUAUUUCCUGUAAGAAUGUACAGACGACUCUAUUGAUUUGUUUAAUUUAAAUAGCGUUCUCAUUCUCAUCCAUGUCGACAUUACUUUUGUACAGGCAAUUCUGCCCUGCUUAUGUAAUAUAUAUUAUAGUACAAUCUCUCUUGUCUGUUACUGGUAUGUCCUGCAGAUCUCAUGGUGCCUGCUUCUUGACCUUUGCUUCUACUAGCAUGUACAACUUUGUCAGGACAAUGAAUGGAAUAGACAGGACAAACAAGAUACAGAUCGCCUGUACUAAAGGAUUAUUCUCCAUUCAGCUUCUUCAAAGGAUACACAUCCACCAGCAACUUGCUCUCUAUGCCCAGACAUUAUUAAACACAACACGGAUCAUGGGACAAGUUUAAUAUGGACAUAUCUCUUUUCCUUUUCAAAUGAGGUAACCGGCCUUUUCAAAUAGGCCUUUGUUCUAUAUUUUCAGGACAUUAUUCAAGAAGUAAUUUGCAUUGAGGGUAUUCUGUAUUGUCAUAUCUGUGGUUUUGAAAAAAUGGUCAACCUUGAAAAAUACGACACAGUAGUUCUUCAAAUUUCCAUGUCUGGUGGCUCAGCAGUGGAUUUCUAGAACAUUUUCUGUGUUUUCAGUCAGACAGUGUGCAAAAUGAUAUAGAAAUUGGGUUGACCAUGGAUGUUCACAAUGAAAAUGGCAUUGAAUCUGGUUUAUGUUACUUUAUGUUAAUGUAUUUUUAGUACCAGGAUGUCCUCAAGUCUGCUGUUUCCCAUUUACACCUCCAGUCUACCUAUUGGUGAAAAAACAUCAUGCCUUUACCUUGUCUGCAAUGUUUACAAAACUCAAUGAACGCAUUCAUCCAUGAAAUCUGCCACUGAGGCAGCUGUUUCUUAUUGUGGUGUAUUUGUAAUAUAACGUAUCCUCAUGUUACCCUAAGUCUUCCAGUUUUACCAACCAAGAUAUUGUAUAGACAUUCUAUUUAAUGCUCUGUGGCUCUACUGGAGAGGUUUUGCCAUAAACAUGUAGGAAAACUGCUUGGAAACAUUUUGCUCUAACGUUGCACCAUAGGGCCUUCAUAUUUCCGCCAGGCUAAGAUCUACUACAGCUAGCACCAAACUGUUAGCACCUAGGCUACUAUAAGUUUUCCCUAGAUAUCUAGCAUGCUCACAGUAUCAGUGAUGCAUUAUUGUAUGUCAGAAAUUAGAUACUGUCAGUGGCACAAAUGUAAGAUUUGAAAUAACAUUUAAUUUUAAUUUAGCAAAAAUUCAGGAGGUUUGGUUAGUAUGUUUUGGUGUAGAUUUGCAUUGGAUUACAUCACUUUCUGACUGUACUAGGACUUUCAGGUUUAUAACCUUAAAGCCAUGACACCACUACAAGUGAGAUUUUUACAUUCGAUAGGGCAGAGGUUUCCUAUUCCCAGUUACUGCACUCUUUUCUUUUUUUCCCUGUUCUAACACACCUAACAGCUCACAAAGGGCUCAAUAAGAGGCUGAUGAGCUACAUAGAUAUGCUAUAUUAGAUUUAAGUCAAAUAAGUGCUCAUGAGGUCCUUAAGACAGACUGGAAACCAAUGCAAUAAAGACAGAAUGGGUUACAAUGUGUUAAUAAUCAGCAAAGUACAUUAGCUAACGUUUUUCAUGGCUUCACAGCUCCAGUGAAUUGAUUGUUGAAAUAAUAACUGAUUGAUCUGAAGUUGGUUCCCAAGAUAUCCUCAAAUAAGAAUGACUAAUAUAACAAAGCAGAGAAUGAGAUGGUAAAAUUCAUUUUGAGAAUGUUUUCUGUGAGUCAGUUUGUUAUGGGGAUUGAUUGUAUACUUGAUUUUCCUUUUUGUAUUUGUUUAUAGUAAGUGUACUUAUUUUUUGCAGCUAUAAUUGUGAUUACAGAGAAACCACAAUUCUGACAGUUUGAUAUGGUACCAUUUGCUCAUACAGGCAAUGUCUCUUGCCUGUGUUUACUCAUUUUGGGCAAUCUUGCAAACCUCCUCAGCAGAAACAACAUUUGAUGCCUCCAUUUUCAGUGUUUUAAGAUGUCAGUAUUUUUCAUUUUUGUUUUUUUGCAUGUGGUAUUAAUUUAUGUACCAUUACCUCCUGUCUCAAUCUCAGGUUAAGAUGGUACUUUCGACAGAUCGGAAGCGGUCAGGAAGAUCUUUAAUAGCAUUACUCUUGCAUUACAUUCAUUUUGUCAUUUGACAUUUUUCCAGAGUCUGAAGAAUGUUCUGCAAAAUAUGUUAAGAUAGUAAACCUUGAAAAUGUGCAUUUAUUAGAUGUAGAACUAUUAACAACAAUGUCUUUGAAGGCUAUACAUUAUACACUAAGCAUAAAGCAUAAAAAGUUACUCUGUUUCAAAUCUGUAAAUUUAUUCUAUCGAAAUACAAACCACCUGAGAACAGUGCUCUGGCAGUAGGUAGGCCUACAUUUAGUGUCAGUAAAACCUUGAUUUUAUACUUUUAAAUAUAAAAUCCCAUUAGUCGUCUUCAAAUGAUGUUACACUUUGACAGUUACAUUGGGUCCAGUUUUCCAAAAGCACUGUAAUAUUAAGGUUCUCUUAAUUAUUUGAGAGAGUGUUUGCAAAAUGAUACUUAUUGUGUCAUAUAAUGAUGACAAAUGUUUUUGGGAAAUCCCCUAAUUUUGUUUUGUUCUUUUUAUUUCACUUUUGGGGUGUGUGUGUGUGUGUGUGUGUGUGUGUGUGUGUGUGUGUGUGUGUGUGUGUGUGUGCGUGUGUGCGCGUGUGUGUGUGUGUGUGUCCCAUGGACAUAAUUAUGCAUUUUUUUUCUUCGACGUCAGUUUGUGAUUGGAGUUUUAAGAGUUGAGGUUAACAUCAAUCAACAGUGUACUACUCCUUUUGAGCCAGUGUAUUCUAAUUUAUAUUUUUCAGUCCACUUUAAGCUUUAUCUGUAAGUUACAUUUGAAGCAUAUGUUAAGAAAGCAUGUUUAAAAGCUGUGAUUUUUACACUUUUGUUGUAUUAAAACUUGUUAGUCUAGAUUAGAUUACAGUUUGCAGUUGUAAUGCAUUGAGACACAUCUCUCUGUAUAUGUUGCACUUUGGAAUUAAAUGUUAAAAUCAA